UCAGGUGUUCUCAACUGAUAGAGUGCCAAAUUUGAUUAUAGGACAUCUUACAUUUUCUUUCUACAACUGCUAAGAUAAAUAGUUUGCCCACUUCUUGAAGACCUGUUCAGUCUGUCGAGCUCUCAAACUUUAGGUGAUCCAGCAAAGCAGAAUGGAGUUCGGAUCUGACAUCGACUACAACAACCAGAGUCUAUCUGGAUUCCCUUACUGCUUCACCAAGGAUGGCCUUCUGUGCCACAAGGUCACAGGCGAAUUAUACGUUUUCCGCUUUGACUGCCAUGACGUCCAGGGCACCCAGCGAGAGCAGGCAACUCUCUGCGGUUUCAUCACCACGUAUGUCUACAACAUCCUUGAGCACCACCUGCAGCUGCAAAGGGCCUUUCUGCCCCACGACGAGGGCUUCGUGUACAUGAGUCCCGGAGCGCUGCAGAACAAGAGGGCUCUGCUGGUGCUGGUUCAGGACAGGGGCACCAUGUGCUGUGGAGUGUGGAGCUGGAGGAUGGUGGUCCGUGAGGGCCUGAGGAGAGGCGGCCAAAUCCUCUACGUGCUCUGGGCCAUGGCUGAGGGCUGGGCCGUGCUGCUCGUGAAUCCCAACGAGGGAGGGCUGUCUCCCGAGGAGCACGUCUGCCGCGUCUGGGACUGCUUGAUCUCCCAGAGUGCUGCUGAGCAUAUAGUGAUGGUUGCUCACGGUUAUGGCGGACUGGCGUUCGUGGAUCUGUUGUGUCGGAGAGCAGAGGCAGUAGAGAGCCGUGUGUCCGCAGUCGCCUUCAUAGACUCCUCCCACAACGUGUGGCACCAGCCCCUGAGGGUGGAUGGGCGCGGGUGGUUGCGCAGCCACUCCAGGAGGUGGGUUCUUAGCAGUAAACCCCUGAACGGACCGGUGGGCACCCUAAGAGCGGGCAUGCAGCUCUCUGCCGGCACGCUAUGCCACGACAGCGCGCCUGCUGCCUGCAUGGAGUCGGUGUUCCGGUUCUUCACCAAGGCGAUAAGACCCAGGGCUCCGCCCACUCCCUUCAGCAUAGUCACCAGGAGCCGGAGCAUGCGCCUGGCCCAGGACAGAGACAUGAGAGCUGGCAAUGGCCACCACCACAAUAAAUAAGAUGCCAUUAUUUAAUUUAAAAAGAAAUAUGUUUGGGCUAUUAUUAAAUACACAAUGUGUCAAGAUGAAAUCCUGUCUUAAGGAGUAAAAUGAUUUUCUUUCACUUUUUUCAUUAUAAUACAUCUUGAAGUAAUAAAUAGUGUUAAAUUGGUGAGAUUUGUUGUCUGUGGGAAUGCCCACAGACAUCCGCAAUCAUGAAUAAAAGAAUGUUAAUGCAAA